UCCUCCCAAAACCAAAAUCUUCUUACAUAAUAACAUAGUACUAGAUCAAAAUUAAUAUUUUUAAAAAUGCUGAGAUUUAACUUUUUAGUAGAAAAAUAUAAGCAUUUUCAGAGCUUUUUAUGUCAAAGUUUAAUUUACAUAAUUACAUCAAUAAUUUGGGUAUCCACAAGAAUUUAUGAGUUUAUCAUAUCUCAUGUCACACAUUUUUUCAUUGAGGUAAGCUACUUCAUUUUAGUAUCAAGUUUAGGGUUCUUCAUUUUGAAAAGUCUUAACCCUAACCAUAAUAACAAUUAUAACCCAAAAGAUCUAGAUUUGUUCUUCACCUCCGUCUCUGCGACAACGGUUUCAAGUAUGUCUACCAUGGAAAUGGAGGUAUUCUCGAAUUCGCAAAUCGUAAUUAUCACCAUUUUAAUGUUCAUAGGAGGAGAGGUUUUUACCUCCAUGGUAGGUCUCCAUUUUUCAGCCUCUAAGCUCAAAUACACACCUUUAAAAGCUAGAAGUAGGGUUAACUCUGUGGCUAGCCUUCCACUUCCACCCGAAAGCUUCGAGUUAGGGAUCAUUAUUCCUCAAGAAACUCCAACAACAACAACAACAACAACAAUGGAGAAAACAAAAUCAGAAAUAGAUUUUCUCAUAAAAUCCAAGUCUGUUAGGGUUUUAGGUUACAUAGUUUUCGCCUACUUACUCGUAGUUCAUGUAUUAGGGAUUUCAAUGGUGUUAAUAUACGUGAAUGUUGUUACAAGUGCGAAAAAUGUUCUUAAGAAAAAAGGUCUAAAAUCAUUCACUUUCUCAACUUUCACCAUAGUCUCAACUUUUGCAAGUUGUGGAUUCAUCCCUACAAACGAAAACAUGCAAGUAUUUACCCAAAAUCCAGGUCUUUUAAUCAUGUUAAUCCCUCAAAUCCUACUAGGGAACACAUUGUUUCCCUCUUUCCUUCGAUUAUCGAUAUGGGUGUUAGGGAAAUUCGUCAAGAAAGAUGAGACUGAGUAUUUAAUGAGGAAUUCGACGGAGAUAGGGUUUCAUCACUUGCUUCCUAGCAAGCAUUGUAAGCUUUUAGUUGUGACCGUUUCUGGGUUCAUAAUGGUGCAAUUUAUACUGUUUUGUGCAAUGGAAUGGGGUUUUGAAGGAUUAAAUGGCCUAAAUGUUUACCAAAAAAUAAUUGGAAUUUUAUUUCAAUGUAUAAAUUCAAGACAUACUGGUGAAAGUAUUCUUGAUCUUUCCUCCAUUGCCUCGGCUAUCUUGGUGGUCUUCGUCGUUAUGAUGUAUCUUCCACCUUAUACUUCAUUUCUGCCAAUAGAAGAAGAGCAAGGAGAAUUUGCCCAUAUUAUGCUAUGGAAAGGAGUAAAGAAGGAAAGAAAGAUUGUGAAGAAUUUCAUUUUCUCUCAACUCAGUUAUCUUGCCAUCUUCACUAUACUCAUUUGCAUUACUGAGAGGCGAAACAUGAAAGAUGAUCCCCUCAAUUUCAACGUUUUUAACAUCGCCUUUGAACUUAUUAGUGCAUAUGGAAACGUUGGGUUCUCAACAGGGUACAGCUGCGGCAAGCAAUUGAAAGCUGAUCCAAGUUGUGUAAAUAAAUGGUAUGGAUUUGCAGGGAGUUGGAGUGAUGAAGGCAAAAUCAUUCUUAUUAUAGUUAUGCUUUUUGGAAGACUCAAGAAGUUUAACUUGAAAGGAGGCAAAGCAUGGAAACUUCUUUAAUCGAUGAAUGUACAUACAUGAAGUAAUGAUCUGAUGUGAAAUACGUAAUAAGGUCCUAUAUAUUUUUCCUGGAAAAUUCUUAAUACCUCCCGAUAUCGUACUCCUUACUCAUAAAAAAUAUUCUCGUUAAUUUUAACGGUUAUAGGUCUAUGUAUUACAA